AUGGCUAUCGGUCGUCAGUCAGCUGAGCAGCACCCGGAAGAACUAAACCGGAACCAAUCGCAGCCUGGUGCGCUGCGGGAGGGUUGCUUCGCAGCGACACACGCAAAGAGGUGUGAACGACACGCAACGGGGGUUUGCGUCUGCGUCGCUCUGAAAACGCAGAAGCAUAAACUAGGCGUAAGGCGCACAAUGUUGCGACUUGUUUCAUUGUAUAUUUGGCUUUCCCGGGACGUUCAACUCGUCCUUAAUGCGCCGACUCUCGGUUCUGGAAAUAACCCAAGACUGCUGCUGAGCAAAGACUACAGCAGUAGUGGAAUUGAAUACGAAGUUUCUCAGAAACACAGCGUGUUCUUCUAUGACGAGGACUCUGAGCAGAUAUAUGUCGGGGGGACAGACUUUGUGCUGAACCUUGAUGUGGAUGAUUAUCGCGUUAAAGAGAGAUUCCGUUUAAAGAACUUGGGGCAUCAACAGUGCCAAGAGGGUCAAUGUGAAAAUGUCAUUACUGUGAUCGAGCAGUUUCAGGGCAGCCUGUUUGUCUGUGGAACAAACGGAAACAACCCUCAGUGUUGGAAGCUUUUUUCUUCAGCGAACAACCAGACUCAUGCAAUAGUGGAGAGUUAUGAGGGGACGGGCAUCUCUCCGUUUGUUUCCACACAUAACUCCGUGACCCUCGCAGCGGACGGGGAUCUAUACUCAGCGGUGCCUUUGGAUCCUGAUGGAAGUUCAUUACAAUUCAGAAGGAAAGCUGGAGGCAGAACUAACGUCUGGAUGUACGACGGCUGGCUCUCAGAGCCCACGUUCAUCUCCGCUUCCUGGGUAAGGCGGGGGGAGGACCCUGAUAACGAGAAAAUCUACGUAUUUUUCCGUGAGAAGAACUCUGAUCCGAAUCCGGAGGCCGACCCCUGGAUAUCCAGGGUUGCCAGAGUUUGUAAGGUAGAUGAAGGUGGAACGAAACGAUUCUUCCAGAACAUGUGGACAUCUUUCCUCAAGGCCCGGCUUGUCUGUGGGUUUUCAGGGGAAUCGCUGUAUUUCAACCGCCUUCAAGACGUUUAUGUGAUGCAUGCUGAGGACUGGAAAGACACUCGUGUCUAUGCCCUUUUCUCGCUUUUCACAAGCAGCUGGAACUCCACAGCAGUGUGCGUCUAUUCUAUAGAAAUGAUUGAGGAAGUAUUUGAGAACUCAACUUUCAAGGGCUACAACAAAGAAGUCCCAAAACCAAGGCCGGGAACGUGUGUAAAAAACAGCAGAGAGUUGCCACUGGCCACUGUCAACAUGGUGAAGGAUUACCCAGAAAUGACUGACUGGGUUCACUCCGUGCAUUGUAAAGUGCCAUUUUACAUAAGCAACAACAACUACACAAACAUAGCUGUGGACCGCGUCCAGGCGGCGGACCAGAGCAUGUAUAACGUUCUGCUUCUGGCUACUGACUCUGGAACAAUACACAAAGUCUUGGAGUCGGGAUCAGAACCGUUCAUCAUCUCUGAAACACAACUCCCCAACUGUUCAAGCAUAAAAUCUAUGAAGCUUGUCUCCAAAAAGAAAAAGUUAGUGGUGGGUUUACCGGAGAGAAUUUCUAUCAUGGACCUCCAGAGGUGUCAGGAGUACAACAAGUCCUGCGCAGACUGUGUUCUGGCCCGGGACCCGUACUGCGCCUGGACGCAGAUCGGAUGCACCCCGACUACUCUUGGAGGCAUUCAAAACCUCAUUGACGGGAACAUAAGUCUAUGUCCUGCAUCAGAGAAGUUAAUAAACCGGACCAAACGGGACAUAGCGUCACCAUCCCCGGUGGAUUUGGGGACAAUUCACUCUGUCCCCUUGAGUGUCCCUUUCUAUCUGUCAUGUCCUAUAGAGUCCUACCACGCUGUCUACACCUGGGAGCAUGGAGGCCACAGCCACCCUUGUCUCCAAAUGCAGUCCAACUGCCUGCACCUCAUCCCAGCCAUGGCGAAGGAGCACUACGGUCGCUACAACUGCGUUUCCAAAGAGAAAGACUACACCAAAGUGGUGAAAACGUAUCGGCUUACGGAGCAAAGGAUUCUAGAUACGAAUAAGCACACUAAGGUAUUCGAUACCUCUUUCAAAAUAAAUCACGCAUCAGCUGUCGUGUCACAGAAGGCAUUGAUUGCUCUUGGACUUGCUGUUUUGGGGAUUUUAAGAUAUUGCUGAACUUAGUCUUUAAACUUGCCACGCUGUCGUUGUGAGGCCAAGGCACAGGCAGCAUGACAGGAAAUCCACCAUAGCCGUAAACUUUCCAAUCAAGCAGGCAAAACCACUGCUGUAAACCCAAUUCGCUCAAGCGCAUGUAUAGUUGGCAGAAAAGGAAAAUGCUGCGGCAAAGUAGUUUUUCCAAAGAGAAGCUAGAACAGCAGAACAAGCACAAGCAGCACAGAGCACAGCUUGAGCGAUCGGAGGGGCCCUAGUUUUCCCCCAGUGUCUUUGUAUCAGCUGAUGAUCCGUCAAAAGACAUCGGAGAGCCAAAGAAAACCAAGUUCACAGUAAGUAGGUGUGGUGCAGUAGUAUCUCUGCUCCCAGUCGGAUCCGAUAAGACUACGUGGGGUAGGGUGGAGGCAGCCGUGGGGACCCUUCUGGAAUUUCCCUGUUUUUGUUUAUCCAGAGUUCAGGGAGGAAUUUGGAAAUGUGCAAUAAAAAUGUUUUGCAGCCUAGCAGACGAUAUCUAAGCUAUAACGUUUUCAAACCGAGCUAGAACGUCUGAAUCUGACACAGAGAUUACCUUUAAAAAUGUUGUACGAAACAAUAAUAUGUAUUAUGUUGCCAUUUCACAAUGAAGUAUUUUUAAACAUGCAAACACUGUAUUCAGAAAUAGAGUAUUGUUGUACAAUGUAACCAUGAACAAUGGAAGUGAUUGUUAUGAUUUCCUGCUCAUUGAAAAUGAAAAAGAAUGGAGAUAACAAGCAGUUGUACCUCUCUCAGACCGUAAAGGGAUUUAGAGCAGUUUAGGUCAUGCAGGCAACAGACGAGACACAGUGCACAAAGUAGCUUAAUUAGGACGACAACAACCAAGGACCUUCAGCUUAAACUGUGUCUGGUCUCAACCCUGCUAAUGACAUGAAUUAUCUAAGUGCAUCUUGUUUGGGAAAAUAAAUCAGCAACACUCUUUAUCUCUGUGACCAUCAACCAAAAGUAAAACUGCUUGUUUUCUGUUACUGAGUCAAGAACAGAGGGAGCACACCCAUCUAGGUGUGUUCGUUUUCCUUUUUGGGAAACCUCCAAAAAACCUGCUGUUCGUAUGUUGGGUGUUUAAAAAAAUAUUCUUUUAACAGUACAGUGACUUCACAUGGACCAUGUCCAUGCUCCACCGAUACAACAAACUAUGUCAGCUGUUUUUAUCCACGGUUACGACACAGACCUUUAGCAGAUGACAAAGUGGUGUAACUUUAAAUGAAAAUCCGGGAGUAUCUGUGUUAAGCCGGAGCUGACCCGACGGCUCAGUGACGCCUCCACGCAAUGCGUAAUCGACCUGCCGGCUGCCGGGAAGCUUGCUGACACAGUUCAGGUGGGGGGUGUAUAAUGUGUGGUCAACGUUAUUUGACUACGGCGUCUAUGUCCGUCACCCAGUUUAUUCAAUCCUCACCUUCUCUACUCAAACUGGAGGCAACGUGGAAGCCGACUUUAGGAAGCAGUCAACGUGUCUGACCUGCGGCAGCUGCGAGUCUGCACCUGUGAGACACGUUGACCUUGAGUUCCUGGUGUUUCUGCGGAAAUUGGAUAUGAUCCCACACUAACAUUGAGCCACAGACGGCCUGGACCACAGUUUACAUCCCCAUUUUUUUCCUACUUGGCCUCAGGAAAAGAAAACUCCAUAGAUAUGGAAAUAUGAUGUGUUCUUAUGCAGAAGUAUGCCCAAGCAAUGUUCAUGGUUGGAAUAUGGAAGCUGGCCCAGAAACCAACUGUACUUAGUGAACAUAAAACAUAAUAUUAAAGAAUUAAGAAUAAACUAUAACUUUAAACAGUAGUUAUUUGUGCAAUUAUUACAAUUAUUGUGUCUGUAAUUACAGCAGUUAGAGGUUUUUGACACUUUGACACAGCGAUUAUUACGUUCUGCUAGUUGCAGCGCACAAAAGGAGAGAUGUGAUCUGAGUAUAAAAAUAAAACACUUUGCCUAAACGGAA